AUGCAAAAGAGUCUUUUUUUUUUGUCGAACAGAGAAAAAAAAAAAAAAAAGAUCACCGGGCGGAGUCAACAAGUCAGAAAAAAGUACUAUAAUCAUACGACACUUGAUUGGCUAUAUUCAACGCUAUUGUUGUUUUAAGAACAGAAAAAAAAACGAAAGCCCUUGUCUUUUUUCUCUUUUAUUUAUUUAUCUGUUGAUACAAGUAAAAAAAAACAGACUAUGCUACACUCUAAUAAUAACAAUACCGAAAACACGGAAGAAAUCGAAGAAGGCUCUCGUAGUAUCUUACUAGCCAUUGCUUCUCAGUUAACCAAAGGAACUGACUUGCAUAGGGUGGCCUUACCCACAUUUGUACUCGAACCAAGAAGUAUGCUUGAACGUAUUACUGACUUUAUGGCCCAUCCCGAAUUCAUCCUACCAGUAUCUGACAUAGACGAUGAUGUAGAAAGGUUUAUUUCUGUGGUAAAAUGGUUUUUAGCGGGAUGGCAUAUCAAACCCAAGGGUGUCAAAAAACCAUACAAUCCAGUGUUGGGAGAAUUCUUUCGCUGCAAGUAUAAAUACCAGGAUGGUUCAGACGCUUAUUACAUAGCUGAGCAAGUAUCGCAUCAUCCACCUGCCUCUGCAUUCUUUUACACAUGUCCUCAACAUAAAGUCAUCAUCACUGGUGACUUGAAACCCAAAUCAAAAUUUUACGGCAAUAGUGUGGCCUCUUUAAUGAAGGGCACCACCAAUUUUAUUUUACCCACACGAAACAAUGAACGCUAUGAGAUUCACAUGCCCAAUAUGUAUGCCCGUGGUGUUUUAAUUGGUACAAUGACACUGGAGCUUGGGGAUUUAUCGACUGUCCGAUGUGAAGCAACAGGACUUGUAUGUGAGAUGGAUUUUCAAACAAAAGGCUACUUUUCGGGACAGUGUAAUUCCGUCACUGCUAAAAUUAAAAGAGAAGCUACACAAGAAAUCUUGUAUGACAUAACGGGUCAAUGGUCAGGCGAACUUUUCAUCAAGAAGCAUAUUCCUCAAGAAAAAAUAUCAACAGUUGGUGGAUUACUGUCCUUUAACAAGAAAGAUACCACAAAAGAUAAGCAGUCAUCCGAGUUAAUGGUCGAUGUAAGACAGCAUACCAAAUAUCCACUUUCUGUCUCUCAACACCAAGAAGAAAAGGAAUCUAGAAGAUUAUGGUCCCAAUUGACCGAGAGCAUUAAAGCAGGGAAUAUGGAUAAGGCCGCAGAAGCCAAGUUUAAGGUGGAAGACGAAGAGAGAGAAUUAAGAAAAGUGCGGGAAAAAAAUAAUAUCCAGUGGCAGACUCGCUUCUUUUAUAACGCUGGUGAGGAUUAUUAUUUAAAGGGAAUCGAAACAUUAAAUUAUAAUAAUGUUCAAGAGACAUGUCAAAAAUUAGACACUUUAUUUAUUUAACCUAUUAAACUCUAUCAGCUUUUAUUUGUUCCCUUUGAUUAUUUACGUAUCAAAAUUCAUUAGUGAGAUUUAGUUU